AUGAAUAGAAGGUUUCGCGGCUCGAAUAGCAAACCGCUCGCGCUGAGCUGCCUGGUGGGCCUGCUAAUCUGCCUGGCAAUACUCGUUCGGCAAAGGGCCCAGUCACGACAGCAACGCUUAGAUGGUGACAUCGGCGAGGGCAGACCAGGAAAUACUGGGAGAUCGUCUCAGUAUUUUGCUGCCAUCCCAGGAGGCGAUUAUCCUCGUCAUGCGAUCCGACCGAAUACGCACGGACUACUGGUCGUACCCAAGGAUAUCAACGGCCCGCACCCGAUCGAAGGUCUGCUCGCCGAAGCCGAAGCGAAAGCGAAAGCGAUAGAGAAGAAGAAUAAGGAUAUCCUGUACCUCAGGGAUGCCGUUCGAGAUUACGAGCAAACUUAUGGCAUGAAGCCACCCAGGGGAUUCGAGAAGUGGUAUCAUUUCGCUCGGGACCAUCGAUCAUACGUAGCACCAUCGCUAUAUCCCAUUGCUCAUCAGUCGGUGCUGCCAUAUCUUUCGUAUCCCGCUUCUUUGCUACGCUCUAGGCUGUCAGCCAUCGAAAAUGUCGGUUCCACAUUUACUUUCGAGUUCGAUUUCGAGGGGGGAGGAGAAGCCAAGUCCUUGAAGCGUGGGGGAGCGCUUGCCGAGUUUUAUCGAACCGACGAUAAUGAGCUCUUGCUGAAACCGCUUCUGCCAUACAUCCCGGAACCACUGCCGGGACAGCCAAAUCUCAAACUGUAUUUUGCCGGAGAUGAUGGCCCGAGUGGUCAAUCUCAUCACGAGGUUGUCGAAAAGAGUAUUCGUCUAGCUCAUAGCGGUCGUACUUGGAGUAGCGCGGAUCUGUCUAGAAGGGAAGCCUCGAUGCAACACACUUUUGGAUGGUCUCUCACUUGUCCUGCAGGGUCACCGUUGCGCAGGAAUCGCUUGGACGUCAUCCUGAACGAUGCCGCAGAAGCAUCCCCUUCGGCUCAGAAUAAGAGCUUCAUCAACGAUAUUAUGGCAAGCUAUGAUUACUGUUACAACCCAAAGUUAUGGGAAAUCCACGGUACCCUGAUCGAAGAUCGCUCAAGAGGUGCCAAGGAGAUGGUUCCUCGAAUCGCGACUUGCAAGCUCAUGCACAAUACCGAUGUGUUGGGAGUACCACUGGAUGCCGUCAACCAAACUAUUGAGAAGACGGCUUGGGAAGACAAGACUGUUCCCAAAGCCUUCUGGAGAGGUUCGCUUACCGGGGCCUUUCACAACGACCGAACGAAUUGGAGGAAAUCACAGCGGGAGCGUCUAUGCUAUAAGGUCAAGGAGCAGGAUACUCAGCAGGAUGUUAUGGUCGACAUGGGCGAAGGCAAAGUUGAGACUAGACCAUAUGAUAUCGAGCUUCUGAAUGACAAGUAUCUCGACGUAGCCCCGGUCGGAGGAGCUGUUCAGAUUCGGUAUCCUCUGCUGACGGUCCUUCCCAACAGCGAUCCCGGCGAAUGCGAGAUCGUGGAGCAGGAAUUCGACUAUGGCGGGCGGAUCGCGCCGAAGGAUACCCUCAAUGUCGUCCUGAAGAGCACCGCUUUCCCGGAAUGGUUUAGCCAUGUCCUCGUACCCUGGUACCAUUACGUGCCCGUGCAGGUCGACUACUCCGAUAUAUACGAUAUCAUGGCAUACUUUACAGGGCCUCCCGACGGGAGUGGCGUAGCUCAUGACAAUGAAGCGAAGAACAUUGCGCAACACGCCUACGACUUCACACAGAAGCGAAUGCGGUGGGUGGAUAUGCAAAGUUACACGCUCCUGUUGGCUCUCGAGUGGAACCGGAUGCUAAGCGACGACCGCGAGGCUGCGACUUAUGUCAAAGCGGAAGGACCUCUAUGA